AUAGAGUUAGAUUGGAAAAAAAAAAUGGAGGCUUUUUCUUCAAAGAUCCUUCUAAUAAUUUUUUCCUUUAGUUUCAUCACACACUCUAUCCAAGCAAAUGACAGACCAUACCAACAAUCCAACACCUUAUUCAUUAGAAAUUCUUGUAGUUCCACAACUUACCCAAGACUAUGCUACACAUCCCUAGUGAAGCAUGCCGAUUUCAUACAAACAAAUCGCAUGCUUUUAACAGGAACGGCCCUCAACGUGACUCUUGCAUCGGCAAAAUCAACCUCGGCUUUGAUGUCAACUCUAUCUAAAGGUCAGGGGUUGAACCCAAGAGAGGCUGCAGCUAUGAAGGAUUGCGUCGAAGUGCUGAGUGACUCCGUGGAUGAACUACGAAGGUCUAUCGAUGAAAUGAGUCGUCUUAGGACUUCAAAUUUUGAGCUAACAAUGAGUGAUGUACAAACAUGGGUUAGUGCUGCUUUGACGGAUCAGAACACUUGUACCGACGGAUUUCAAGAGAUUAAUGCUACGGAGAAUGUUAAGACAUUGGUAAGAGGGAGCAUUGUGCAAGUUGCUCAAUUAACUAGCAAUGCUUUGGCUUUGAUAAAUAAACUUUCCACUUCACAUGGUUAAAAUAGCUUAAUUAACGUAUUGUUUAUGUAGAUUCAUUAUUCCAGCAUUAUCAAUGUAAUUGUGUGGUUCAACUUAAGUGUGUAAAAGAUUGUAAAUGUGUAGCAAUUAGUUGUUGAGAUUUAUGUUGUUUUUUUAUGAGUUAGGUUUUGUUGUUGAUUGGUAGUUGUGGAAUACCAAAGUAGUUUUGAAGUAAUACUUUGAAGUUCAGCAUACCCUUUGGUGAAGAGAGAAAAAUUUAUGUAGUAGUUGUUGCUCAAUGGCUAUGUGAGGAUUCUGAAAUGUGGAAAUGUAAAGUGAAAUUAUUAUUUAAAA